AUGGCCAAGACACUUCCUAAGGGCCUCUAUGCCCCUCUCCCUGUAUUUUUCAACGACCAAGACGAGAUCGAUUAUGAAGCAUUCGCGAAGCACGCGAAAUGUAAGUACAUUCAAUUCAAAUCGGAAGUGGACAGCGCAAAGAGCAGUGGAAUAUUACCGGCUGCUAAUAUGAGGAAAAUAAGACGUCACCGCUCCUGGAGUCUUGCCCGUUGUUUCUGCAAGCAUGGGCGAGGCGGUACACUUGGUUCGUUGGUGUCCGGAACGAAUCUUUGUCCUUUUCGCUUCUUUGUUAACAUCAAAUUUCAGACUCCACAAGAGCGCGUAAAGCUGAUCGAGACUCUACGAAGUGCUCUCGAUUCCAUUGGCUUACAAGAGACGCCAAUUGUUGCCGGCGUAGGAGGCAAUAGCACCCGUGAAACAAUCCAGUUGGCUCGCGAUGCUGCUGCAGCCGGCGCAAACUUUGCUCUUGUCAUUGCUCCGGGAUACUGGGCUGGUUAUCUAAAAGGAAACCCGGCGGCGGCAAGAAAGUUCUUCGUUGAUGUGGCUGCAGCCUCGCCAAUCCCAGUCGUCAUAUACAACUUCCCUCCUGUAGCAGGAGGAAUAGAUUUGGACAGCGAUGAUGUUGUAGAGAUAGCAAGACUCGCGCCCAAUAUAUGCGGCAUCAUGCUAUCAUGCGGUAACGUAGGAAAGCUUGCAAGGAUCACCGCUGUGCUCGACAAUACCUCUUUCACAACACUUGCUGGUCUCAUUGACUUUCUUCUCCCCUCUGUGGUAGUGGGAUCCGCUGGAGCUAUUAGUCCUCUACCCAAUAUUGCGCCGAAGUUUUCCAUGAAUCUGUGGAAAUUGACGCAAAAUUUGGAAACAAAGGCCGAUUUUACAAACGCACAGUUUGCUCAAGGACUCGCUUCUUUAGGAGAGGCUGCGCUGUUAAAGAGUGGCGUUCCCGGAUUAAAAUCGUUGCUUAACAAGCAAUUUGGAUAUUCCGCAGCACCCAGGUCGCCGCUUAUGGCCUAUGGCGAUGUGAAUGGCUUAUCCGAAAAUGAGCAUAUUGGCGACGUAUUGAAGUUAGAGGAAUCUUCAUAA